CAGGUCUGCGCGCGAUCUCCCGCGGUGUGGACUUGUCGCCUUCUCAGGAUGCGACACUGAUCCCCUUAUUGGCAUGCGGUGAUUUACCUGGCUGGCGGUGUCCAUCACACGUCCAUGCAACGCGGCGUCCUGAGGCAAAGACGAUCACUCUCCCCAGCCGUUGCGCCGGUUUCCGACGCCCGGGUUCGAUUCAUAUACUCGAAACGCCCCGGUGCUCUCUUGCGCAUGCCCUCGUUGUAUACCCUGUCGUAACCUUGUCUCUCCUUCUAUAUACCCUUGUUCUUCCUGCUCCUCCAGACGCUCUUUACCUAUGGCCCUCGCCCUCCCCGCUCCCGGUUCUGUUGCUCGAGCCAUGCCAGUCAGAUCGACAUCCAAGAAGGCCUCUCUCCCUGACCGCCUGGUCAUAUCUACGACGCUGCCGCCUACAACUCUACGCCACGAUGGUCCUCGUCACGCCCAAGCCCCCGCUUCUCCGGCAGAAAGCGAUGAUGCUCCGCUAACCCCCAUGGUCUUUCACCCAAACGAGGCCUACGAGAAGAGCAGGCUGUCUUACUACCCGCCACCUCCACCGCGCUCCGUAUCUUCACCGUCGUCCCCGAAUGACUCCGAUGAGCCCUCACCUGUGCUCUUCGCGCAUCCCAACGUCAGCAGUCCGACACUCGUCCUCCCUCCGUUGCCAGUGUUUCCGGCGGCCCACUCGCUUGCAGCACGACUGAGGCGUCCUCUCCCCGCCCUUCCCAAGGUUGUCACCGAUAGCGAUGGUGGCGCGCCGCAAACUUCAUCACGUCACGAACUGCCGCCAGUGUCCUGGAUGGGUGGACGGACUUCUCCCUUCAGCUUCAGCAGCUAUAUCGAUGACCAUGACAGCGACAGCGCCACGGCUUUCUCGUCGUCCCCUUCAUCAUCUCAGUCAUCCGCUGCUUCAAUUUAUACCACAGCAUCCUCCGAGUUUCCUGACAGUGCUAACACUGGCAACGGCUUCCCCCGCGCAGUCACAAAACCGAGGCACCUUGCAGUGACUAUCCCCGCACGCUCGUACUCUGCCCCCCUACCGUCGAAGCCUAUGGUCGCUCCCAUGUCAGACCGUUUCGUUAGUCCCCACAUCUCCGUCACUCCGGCCUCUCCCGUGCCUCCAAAGCAGCUCCCAUUUCAUCCGGGAGGGAGGAAGAGAACGCGGACGGCCUCGGCGACGUCCAUUGUCAUUGGGUCGGACUCGGAAGACGAGCCUAAACCCCGUGCGCAACCCCCCGCUCGUUCAGUGUCACCAGCACCCUCCCUCACCCCGUCCAUAUCCUCCACGAUCUCCAUAUCGAAGCCCCGAUCCACGCUGAAGCGCAUCGCAUCCAAGACGGGGCUGUUUGGACGACGGAAAAUGUCUAUCUCCUCCGACCCUUGGGAUCAGGACGACGACGACACCGUUGUCGGGCAUGGCUCGCUCUCACUGGACAGCCGGUCCACGCGCGCUCGCUCGGAGAGCCCCCAGGGUACUUGCGACGGCGCGCAGGGAUGCCCCGACCUUGUGCCGCGGGCCAUGCGCCGGGUGGAGAUUGCGGAGGUCAUACUGACGCCUCACGGAGACGUCUGGGAGGCGCGCGAACUCGAAGAGGUCAUCCCAAAGCUGCGGCAGCUGAGGGCGUCCUCGAAGAUCAAAAUCUGAUUGCAGCCUGAGGAGCAUGUCGGACGGCGUAGCGGGCACUCAACCCCCGUUGGGCGACAUCGUGCAGCGAGUCUCCGUACUCGCUUCCACCUACUUCCCUCUCUACUCAUCCACGACGACUCUUCCACCAUCAUUCACUCUCGGCGACACUGGCGCUGAUGUUGUAUAGAUAUUCCGGACUCGUCAUUAUCUUGGCUACAUACGCCGACCUAUCUUUAUUGCUGCAUGUACGCUCCCCUCUGGUCCGCCCAUCGUCGCCGGGUCCAUCUUACAUAGCCCCUCCACUGUCAUCCCGCGCCACGCAUUGUUUUUUGUUAAACCUUAUGCCCGCGCUACGCUGCGCCGCUCCCGUAUGGCCCAUUCCAGCGCCCUCUCGUCGCCUCGGCGGAGAUGACUGGAAUGUCCGCCGCGAGUCGUACAUACUACAUACGAGCCCCGAGCGCGGACGCUUGUCCAUCUGUUGUACGCCUCACCCCCAUUAUGGUACCGCCCCUCACAUGCACCCACCUCACGGACUUCUGUUGUUUCUG